AUGACCCAAACCAACAUUACCACUGAUCAAUUGGCUCUUCUCGCUUUGAAAUCCCAAAUCAUUUCAGACCCUUCUCACUUCUUGGAUGAAAACUGGUCUCCAGCUACAUCUGUUUGUCAUUGGGUUGGAGUCACUUGUGGCUCCCACAACCAGCGAGUGAUGUCCUUGAAUCUUUCCAACAUGGCUCUUGCAGGCAGGAUUCCCCGUGAAUUCGGAAACCUCUCAUUUCUUGUUUCUCUUGACUUGGGAAGCAACAAUUUCCAGGGAAAUUUGCCUCAAGAAAUGGUACGCUUGCGUCGGGUUAAGUUUCUUGAUGUAAGUUUCAACAGCUUCAGUGGAAAGGUUCCCUCUUGGUUUGGGUUUUUACACCAACUUCAAGUUCUAAAUCUUGGAAAUAAUAGUUUCACUGUUUCCAUUCCUUCUUCAUUUUCUAAUAUGUCUACACUUGAAACUUUGAAUCUGAAUUUCAAUUCCAUAGAGAGCCAAAUACCAAAAGUGAUUGGAAACCUUAGAGAAUUAAAGUUGAGGGGUAUCAUAGGCUCUAUUCCUCUGUCGCUCUCGAAUGCCUCAAGGUUGGAGGCUUUAGAUAUAUCUUAUAAUUCACUUCAAGGAAACAUCCCAGAAGGGAUCGGCAAUCUUCACAACAUGAACUGGUUGGCCAUACAAUAUAAUCAGCUAACGGGUUCUAUACCCUUAACAAUUUUCAAUACUUCUAGGAUCGAAUUCAUUGUAUUUACUGGCAAUAGCUUAUCAGGAUACUCAAAGGGCUUUAUCUAUCCAAAAACAAGUUUCACGGUCAUAUGCCUGCAAGCUUGUCAAAUUUCAAAUUGUUCACAACUUCAACUAUUGAGUUUAUCAGGUAAUGGGUUUGAUGGACCAAUACAUAGUGAAAUUGGAAGAUUGAGUAACUUGCAGCAAUUGUAUCUCGGAACAAACCAUUUCACAGGGAUAAUUCCACAAGAAAUUGGAAAUCUUGCUAAUUUGAUGGAGUUAUGGAUGGAGGGAAACCAGAUAGCCGGCUCAGUCCCAAUCUCCAUAUUCAAUAUCUCAUCGCUGCAAAUUUUGUCAUUGUGGAAGAACAAUCUUAGAGGAUUCAUACCACGGGAUAUUGGCAACUUAACCAAGAUGCAGAUUCUACAGCUUAGUGGAAAUAAGCUUAUAGAUCUUUAUCUUCCUUUCAACCCUCUAAAUGGCAUGCUUCCAGCUUCCACGGGGAACCUUUCCGUCUCUCUUAGAAAAUUUUACGCCGGCAAUUGCAAAAUCAAAGGGCGAAUUCCAAAUGAAGUGGGGAAUUAA